GAACGGAUUAUAGAUUGAUGGAAAUUUUUCCAUUCGCUUCAUUUUCUCCGAUUCAGUUUUCUUAGAACGUUGUGUUCGUGCAUUGGUCAUCAACACGGACUAUUAAGCAAUUGGCAUUUGAUUUGAAUAAUAUUCAGGAAACAAGAAGUGUUCAAUUUUCCAUUUCUGCAUUCGAUACUUUUCGUUUAUCCGAGUAAAAUUAUAGUGUAAUGAAAGUUGUAUCACAAAGAUUUUAUACUUGGUGAACUGAAUUUGUUCUUGAUUGUAAUGGUUGCCUUUGGAAAUAAUAUAUGAAUCAAAAGCUUUUUUGAUAAUUGCCGAAAAGUAUUGAUAUUAUAAUCAAGCAUAAUUUACUAGGCGUCAGAGAAAAAUCAAUUAUACAAUAUAAGCAUAGCGUUAUACCUGAUUGGGACCAAGCCAAUAGUAAUUCAAUAUGGUCGAAGCAACAGCACAGUUGAAUUAUACAUUAAAUUCAAAGGUGACGGCGGUAAAUCAGACAGCAAUCAUAACCAGUGGCACGGCAGGCACCAUCAAGACAUCAACAGCAACUGUUAAUGUGCCGAAUAUUAACGUUGACUCGCCAAAUGAUUUUAAUCUGAUUGCGGCAAAUUGCAAUACCAAUGUUUGUUUCUUUUGUCAAAAAACCUUUACAAAUGUAUAUAAUUGUCGUAGGCACAUCCGUACUCAUUCUGGGGAAAAACCGUUCCAGUGUAAUGUGUGUGGCAAAAAGUUUUCACGCCAAUCCACAUUAAAUGCUCAUGAAAAGGUUCAUACUGGCAAUCAAAUAUUUAAAUGUGAAGUAUGUGGGCAAGCCUUUGAUGUGUAUCGUCAUCUCACAGAGCAUAUGGUGGUACACCGUCAGGAUAAGCCAUUCACUUGUAAAACGUGCAAUAAAAGCUAUAGUCGAGCGACAGUUUUGAGUCAACAUAUGAAAUCGCAUGGAGUAGGUGGCGGAGGCAUUAACAUCAGCAAUGAAACAGUAGCGCCAAAAACCGUUACAAUUACAUCAAGUACAUCAAACGAACCAUCACAGACGACGGUCACAACUACUGUUUCGGUGCCAGCUGCCUCGCAACCGGUUUACAAAUGCCAGCAUGAAAGUUGUGAAAAGAUGUUUGUAACACCGAGUGAACUGAAGGAUCAUGAAUCCGUUCAUAUUCCUCCGCAAAAGGAAGAUAAAAAAUUGGUUUCAGUCAAAGAAGUCAUCGUUAUGGUCAAACCAGAAGAACCACAAAUUGUUCAACUAAUGCCACAAAUCAAGUGCUAUAUAUGCGAUGAACACUUCAAUUCGGAACAAGAUCGUGCAAAUCAUGCUGCUGUUGUUCAUAAUCGCGUUGUUACAACAGAAGCACCACAUUCAAUUCAAAUAACACAGAUACCAGCACAAAGUAUUCCGGUGACAACGAUUAAUCCACCAACCUUGCCGCCGGUACUGGAUGACGUAGAAAUGGGAGGCGGACCAGAUGAUGAAAUCACCUAUGAUGAUGUGAUCAAGUUAACAUUACUUGAAAAUAAAUCACCGUGUAGCGUAUGCAGUAAAAGUCACACAAAAAGUCAACCGUGCGAAAAGUUUAAGUGUGAUGUGUGCGAAAAGCGUUUCAGUAACUUGGGCAAUUUCAAUGUGCACAAACGCAUUCACAAGCGUGAAAAGCCAUUCAGGUGCUCUGUUUGUGGAAAAGGCUUUCGAUUAGCCAAAAGUCUUACCGUUCACAUGGUUUUGCACACCGAAACUGAGUCAUUCGAUUGUCCAGUGUGCGAUCGCAGCUUUAAUCGUAGCGGUUCAUUGAAAAUUCAUAUGAAAUCCCAUACUACGGCUGAACUUCAGCAGCCGAAAAGAUCCUACAUUGAUGUCAUGUGUCAUGACGAUGUUGAUGACGAUUUAUUCGGCGAUGAUGAUGAAAACAAUCGCGAUGUUAUGCUAGAGUUUAUCGAUGAAAACCCAACCUUCUGUGACAUCUGCGGCAAACAAUUCAUACAGUGCAAUGCAAAUACACGGACCCACAAGUGCUCAAAGUAUUCAAUCGAUGAGGAUUUCGACGAUGACGAUGAGCAACUAUCGUUAUCGUUAGAUGAAACGUUUUUUUCUACUUAAAAAAAACAUGAAUACGAAUUUAUAGAGUGUGUUUAUAUAAACGAAUAAUAAUUUAAAAGACAAUUACAUUCAAAUGUUUGAUUUAUUAUCAUUAUUUGAGCGUUUAAUUUGGUCUAUUAUAAUAGUCAUAUGUCAUAAAUUUACUGAUUAAAUAACACACAACAAUUUUUGUGUUGUUCGAAUUAGUUAUACAUAAAAUGAGUGUUAGAAUUGAAGUAAGAAUUGAUUACUUUUCGAUAAAAGUCAAGGGAAACAGCUUUGGAAGCUUCGCCCAUUUAGUUCAAGUUUUGUUUGAUUUUGUCCUUUCUUUAGAACAAUUCUUUUUAGCAAAAUUCGAUAACGUUUCGGUGAUUUCGACAUAAAUUUUCGUAGCUAAAUUAUUAAUUUGAUU